AUGAAUGCUCUAUUCAAGGGUAUGACUGCCAUAAUGUUUUGGUUUUAUAUUGUUAUAUCACUUUCAUUAGUAAACGGUAUUACCUUAUCAAAUAAGUAUGGUAUUCCUGAUUCCCUAAGGAUAUUGUCGGCAUUGAAACAUGUACUACGAUUCGAUGACUCCAAAUUGAGUAUAUUUAAUGAAUUAUACCCAUUCGUGACAGGUUUGGACUCUCUAGAUCUAGUUGAUGAUGCAUUUGCCUUGGGAUUAGAGAUCGAUGAAUUGCCUACAAAUAUAGCGAUUUCAAAGUUACUAAGCAUAAUGUAUAAGAAAAAUGAUUUAGCUAAUAUGUUCGAAAUGUAUUACAAUUUGUAUCCUAUGGGCAUCACAACAGAAUCCUCGACAUCUUCGUUAACAACAAACUUAGAUGGUUCCAGUUAUUUCAUGUUAAACGGUAAAAGUUAUAAUAAGCCUGAUGAUGUCUUCUAUCUAAAAUCAAAGGAAUUAACCAAACAAGCAAAUAUUCCUGAUAAGUAUAUGGUUGUAUCUCCCUCUGAAUUAGUUAUAGGUACCAAGAAGGAUGCUCCCUUAAUAAUUUUCUAUGGUUGUCCAGCUGAUGACCAGUUUGAGGAUUUCCAUAGAAAUCUAUAUGCUGAAGCAGUUCAAGGUGAUGGGAAAUUUAGAUUUCUUUGGAGAGCUACUUGUAAAUUGAAUACUCCAGCAAAAUUAAAUAAUGAGUUCCCAUUAUCUUUAUCCCUAACAGAUAACUCAGAUUUAUCACUCCUAUUAACCAAUCCCCAUUUCCCAUUGGAUACACCUAACGAUUUCAUUACCCCUGGUGGUAAAUUAUUACAUCUAUCCAAGAAAGAUUUGGAAAAAUUAGAUUUAAAAGUCACUUCAUUAAUUGCAAAUCAUUAUUAUAAUACUAAGAAUGUAUCCGAUGUAUUGUCAUAUGCUAGUUCAAUCAUAAAUAAUUUCCCAUUGUAUGUGUCACAACUUGUAGAAAUGGAUUUGCAUCCCAAAGAAGAAGAAAAAAUACUCUCAUAUAACAAAAUUCUGGCUAAGAGAGGUAUUGACUACAAUCUCUUGGGACUGUUUCUAAAUGGUCAGCAUUUAAAACUUUCUACUCUGAAUGAAUACACUCUGCUGAAUAUGAUUGAUAAGGAAUAUAAUAGUCUACAAAAAUUAUCACAAGUAGUAGAAUCUAUUGAUUCAAAAUACCCAAUGAAGAAUUCUAGAGCUCUUCUAAAUGAGUUUUCAACCAUCUCGUUACCUCAUUUACAAGCAUCACAACCUAUCAAAAUUGAUUUGCAUAGAAUACCUGGGUUUUCAGAUACAGUAAUAUAUUUUAAUGAUAUUUCUAGUGAUAAGCAAUAUAGUGAAUUGAGUGAAGAUGUCUCAGUCUUCUUUGAGAAGUCAACAUUUGGUGAGUUGCCUGAAUAUAAACAGAAUUGGAAUGAAGUUAUAUUUGUGAUUGAUUUUAAUAAACUUGACGAUCCUAAUAAUAAAGCUGCACUUGCAGGACUAAAUCGUGCACUUACAAUUGUAGAUCAAGGCUACCCUCAGAGAAUUGGUUUGUUGCCAUUCAAUUCUGAAAAUAAUUUCAGAGCAACCUCGAUGAAUACACAGGAGGAUGAAAGUGAAACUGCCAAAAUUAUCAAUAAGAUCUAUGAUUUGAAAAGAUACGAUAUUGAGGAGUUAUCAAAAUUCUUGGAAAUGUUACAAGAAAAAGGAACAAAUUUGAAGUUCAAGGAUCCUACCUUGGCUUCUGUUAUGAAAAUGCCUAAUUAUGCCAAGCAAGUUCGUGACUUACAAAUAUAUGAAACAAGUUUAAUUGUUAAUGGUGAGGUAUAUCCUUUUAGAAGAAAUACGUGGAAUUAUUUAAUAUCCAAUGUUGUGAAAAAGGAUGCAGAUUUUAUUAGACAACAAUUAAAUGCUCAAUCGUCAAGACAAGAUAAGAGCAGUUCUGGGUUUGUUGAUGUGAGAGGUAUUCUACACCUCAAGUCUGCAAGUAGCAGGCACCUGAAAUAUAUGCCAGAAUAUUAUGCGGAUGCGUUAUAUUCCUCUGAAGUUUUAGAGGCGUUAUCAGAGAUUGAACAAGAUAGAGUAAUUACAUAUACUUUUGACCAUAAUUACAACGUAUUGCACACCAUAACAGUUGUUGAUGAUUUUGAUUUAAAUGACACUAUUCGCAGAGUAUAUAAUCUGCUAAAAACAAAGUUUAAAGGGGUAAGAGUUAGAUUAAUCCAUACAGGUGAUAUUAAAUCUGCCCAAUGGAAAAAUCUUAAAAAAUUAGAUUCAAGAGAACAUGUCUUGAAACUACUGAAAAAGAUAGCAAUGACUAAAACAGAUAAGAAGUCUUCGCACUCUGAAUCAAAAAUUUUGCGUAAUAUCGAUUCUAAUACUUUAAAAAGAUGGCUACCACAAAUUCCGACCUUAUACCUUGAAAGACAGUCCUUUUUUGUUCUUAACGGUAGGUUUAUUCAAUUUGAAGAGGGCGAAAUUAUAUCUAAAAGGGAAUUCGAUGAUCUAAUACAAAAGGAGGCUGUGAGAACUCUUGAUUCCAUUGCAUCCUUAGAAAAGGUAUUUCCAUCUUUUUCAAAUUCACCAAUAAGUUCCGACGCUGUAGAAAUUAUAUCAUCUAUUUUAACCAAAAUGUACUACCAUUCCAAACAGCUUGGUGACUAUGGGAUUGAGUAUACUACGGAGACAAUCCUACCUCGAAUGGACCUAGCACAUUUCUUCAAGGAAAACGAUUUCACUAUAUUUGGUAGUCCUUAUAGUAACACCGAUGUUAUUGAACUUUUACUAGUAGUUGAUCCGUUAGAGGAAAGGUCCCAGAAAUUAAUUAAUUUGUUGUCUAGGUUCGAACAUUUUAACUUUGUUAGAAUAAAGAUUGUAUUAUUCCCAACCGAAAAGUUGACAAUCACUCCUAUCGAAAGAGUGUACAUUACUGAUCCUGUCGACCAUGAAUUAAUUGAUGAUAAAAUAUCGAAAUUGUUCGAUGUUGAUGUAGAUGCUCCUAGAAUUUUCACCCUGACAGAAACAAACGAUAUCCAGGAUAUAUUACUGGAUAUUCACGUAUUUGGUGAAAAGGAUUCAAUUUCAGAGGGUACCGUCGACGGCGUUGGCGGAGUAUCUUUGGAACUUGUUAGCUCGAGUGGUGAUGUUAUUGACCACACAAUAACAAUGCAAACAUUUGGUUACGGUCAAUUCCAUUUGGCAAACUUAGGAAAAAACUUUACUGUUAGGAUAGGUCAUGAUAGCACUGAUUAUGAAAUCAUUGGUAUAUCGUCAUACGGUUCCUCUGAUUUUAAGACCACACCAACCUUUAAUGUUUUAGAUUUUUCGCCACACAAGUUAUUUGUUAAAGUCAGAAAAUUGAGUGAAACAACUACAGAUACUGAUAAUGAAAGUAGCAUCAACAUUUUCACAGUGUUGAUGAAUAAUGGUGAAGAAGAACCAUUCAAAAAAAUGAUUUUAGGUAUACUAUCUAGAAUUGAUUAUUCAAAGACCGAGAAAAAAACCACAUUUUGGGUUCUUGAUUCUCCUUUCCUUUCUAGAUCAUUCAAAGAUUUUAUUGCAAAUUUUAACGAAAAUAGUUCUGAAUUGGGUGCUCAUAUUAACUUACUAAAAUACGAAUGGCCUAAUUGGUUAAGACCACAGAGAUUCCGUAAUAGAAAAAUAGCAGUGUCAAAGUUGCUAUUUGUUGAUGUUUUAUUUCCGAAAAAUAUUGAUCAUGUUGUCUACAUGUCACCUACUACGCCUCUCUUGGACCCUGUUAAACUUUUGGAAGAAACUAAAAAUAGUAGGGCAUCGUUUAGCUUAUUCAAAAUGAAAGGAGGUGGUUAUUGGAAUGAAGGCUAUUGGAAAAAAAUGCUAGAGGAUAAUGGACUUUCGUUUUACUCUGUCGAACCAGGAUUUAUAAUUAAUUUGAACCGUGUCAGAGAAUUACAUGCGGGUGAUAAGCUCAGACUCCAUUAUCAAAGACUCUCGACUGACAUAAAUUCACUGUUGAAUAUAGACCAAGAUUUGAUAAAUAAUUUGCAAAUUGAAGUUCCUUUAGGAAUGCUGAAGACAAAAGCGGAAAUUAAUUUACAGGAACAUGAUAAAUAUAUAAUAGAUUGGCUACCAAAGCUCGAAAAAUCAAGAGAAGAAUUGAAUACUAAGCAUUCUGUUAUUUUCCAAGAAGAAGCAUAUGAUAUCGCUAUGGAGGAUGAUCAACUAAUAGAACAUGACGAGUUGUGA